CUUUUAAUCUUUCAGUUAUGUGAUCCCUGAUUAAGUUCUAUAAGAGAAUCUUGAAUAUCAUCAUAUAUGUCACGCAAAUUACCAAGUUCCUUAUUAUGCUCUAUAUUAAGCCUUUCUCACAUGUGGAUCAUUGUGUUCCAUUGUGUCAUGUCCCCACCUCAUUUGAACUUGCUACGACAGAGAGCUAGAGAUCAGUGACACUGACUCCUGUACGGGACGGAGGGAUCUGAUGCUGCUGCUAUCCUUGGUGAUGUACAGCUCAAUCCAAUUAGGCUUCACCUCCGGGCUGUGAUGCAGCGCGCGGGGCGAACACUCCUGCUCAGUCGAAGCUCCACUGAGCGCUAAGUGUGACAGUCUUUACACGCGCUGCUUUUCAGUUUAAAACAUACUAUCAUGGCUUCGUGGCGAGAAUAAUCAACAGUUUCGGGGUUUUCUCCCCCCAACUUCGUAUUUCUGCUCAAUUCGCGCGAGUUGUUUGUGAGGUUGAGUCCACACAGAAUGAAGAGGAACGACUGCCCUUUCAGCAGGGGUACCACUGAUGCCUCUAUCCCUUGAGCAGAUGGAGCGGGGAAUAAGAGGCUAAUUGACUUCUUUUUGGUUGUAGAGGUGAAGGAAGAAGAGGUGAACGGCGGGAAGGUGCAAUCAUGGAGGGCCUUGUCUGAGGUGGAUUCAUCAUAGUACUCCUAACUGACAUCUGAAUUAACAUAACAUUUAAGCAGCAGCAGUCAUGGCUGAGAGGGCAAACUUUGGGGCUCAGAGGGUCUCACGGCCACAGGGCUCACUCCCGCCAGAACCCAUCGACAUUAUCCGGACAAAAGCCAGAUCCAGAAGAGUCCGGAUCAAUGUGGGUGGGCUGGUCCAUGAGGUGCUAUGGAGAACCCUGGACCGACUGCCGCGAACCCGUCUGGGGAAACUCAGAGACUGCAACACCCAUGAAACCUUAAUGGAGAUCUGCGACGACUACAGUCUAAAUGACAAUGAGUAUUUCUUUGACAGGCACCCCGGUGCCUUUUCCUCCAUUUUAAACUUUUACCGGACUGGCAAGCUACACAUGAUGGAAGAGAUGUGCGCUCUGUCUUUUGGCCAGGAGCUUGACUACUGGGGCAUCGAUGAGAUCUAUCUGGAGUCAUGCUGCCAGGCACGGUACCAUCAGAAGAAGGAGCAGAUGAAUGAAGAGCUAAGAAGAGAGGCUGAAACUCUCAGAGAGAAGGAAGGAGAUCAGGUGGACACGGGCUGCUGUCCAGACAAAAGGCAGAAGCUCUGGGAUUUGCUGGAGAAACCGAGCUCUUCUGUGGCGGCCAAGAUUCUGGCCAUAAUAUCAAUUCUGUUCAUAAUCCUCUCAACCAUUGCACUGUCACUGAACACCUUGCCUGAAUUACAAGUGAUUGAUGAAUUCGGACAGUCCAACGACAACCCAAACCUGGCCCACGUUGAAGCAGUUUGCAUCGCCUGGUUCACUAUGGAGUACAUUCUCCGGUUUUUGUCUUCUCCAAACAAGUGGAAGUUCUUCAAAGGGCCUCUGAAUGUCAUUGAUCUGUUGGCAAUCCUCCCUUAUUAUGUCACAAUAUUCCUCACGGAAUCCAACAAGAGUGUCCUCCAGUUCCAGAAUGUGCGCAGGGUAGUUCAGAUCUUCCGGAUCAUGAGAAUCCUGAGAAUUCUGAAACUCGCGAGACACUCGACUGGUCUUCAGUCUCUUGGGUUCACUCUGAGAAGAAGCUAUAAUGAACUCGGACUGUUGAUAUUGUUUUUAGCCAUGGGCAUCAUGAUCUUCUCCAGUCUGGUGUUCUUUGCUGAAAAAGAUGAAGAUGCUACGAAAUUCACCAGUAUUCCCGCUUCAUUCUGGUGGGCAACAAUUACCAUGACAACUGUGGGUUAUGGGGAUAUCUAUCCACAAACCCUCCUGGGCAAAAUAGUGGGUGGCCUCUGUUGUAUCGCCGGUGUUUUAGUAAUUGCUCUGCCCAUUCCUAUUAUUGUGAACAACUUCUCUGAGUUCUACAAAGAACAGAAGCGACAAGAGAAGGCUAUCAAACGAAGAGAAGCACUUGAGAGGGCCAAGAGGAACGGGAGCAUCGUUUCCAUGAACCUGAAAGAUGCCUUCACUCGCAAUAUGGAACUACUGGACGUUGUGAUCGAAAAGAAUGAGGAGAAGGGCUCAGACAAUCAUCUUUCACCCAGUCGCUGGAACUAUCAGAAGAACCCAAACUCUGACUUGGGUUCCAAAGGCCAUGAGGCAAAAUAUCAAGAAAUAGGCCAGUUGGCUUCUCCAGAUCGGUUAUUCAAACAUACUUCAAGCCCUCAGCGGCUGAACGCAAAAUCCCUUGAGCAAAUGUACAACCAGAUGACGGCCGCCUCAUCCAUGAGCAGCAGCGGACCUUCGGCUUCCAAAGUGAGCACUGUUGGUAGAGAAGAAGAGAUGGAGAUGAAGGUAGUGCAAUGUGAACCACGGAUCAAAGAGCGACCCAUCACUGAGAUCAGAAGCCUGUCCAGCGUGGACAGUUUCGCCAGCUGUGCCACAGACAUCAGUGAGGUCGAAAGAAGCGCGCUACUGCCCAAUUAUGCAGGAGCGCAGACAAGACAUCCACGCGCUCCUCCGCCACUCGACCUCAGCCAGAUCACCUCAUUGGAGAAACGAGCACCUGAGAAAGCAAAGCAGGCCACAAUCAUUAAAGAAGGCCUCUACGAGUUUGUCCAGUGCAAGUCGGACAACAGCACCAUGUCGCAGGGCGAGGAGAACCAAAGCUUCGAUCCGAGCGGUGAAAACGUGAGAAGCCCUCCACGAGGAAACCAAGUCAAAGUCAAGGGACUCAAAGUGAACUUCACCGAAUCUGCAGACGAGGGGGCUUCCAGUUUGCACUUAGUCGUGACGGAUGACACGGCCACACUGACACCAAAGCUACCGGUAUCUGACCCAUUACUGCUGGUGGGUUCUCCUCGGCAGAGUCCCAGGUCCCCGGGGAAAGGCUUCGAAGGGGAUGGAGCCACAAGCUCUCCAGGGUUCAGUUUGUCGUCUUCUGAAAGCCAAAGAGGGAGAAACCAUGUCGACAGAGCUGCUGUUUCACCCACGUCCCCAAAAAGUGCACAAAACUGUGCUUCUGCAACGGUUGGUGCCGUUGGAGCAGAAGACAGCAUUCAAAGUGGACAGAAGGUGGACAACCACCUCCUUUCCCCUGAUAUUCUGAAAUCUUCAGGGGAGGGAGGUCGCUCACCACCGUGUGAAACUAGCAUGUGAUGUGCUGAGCUGCAUUAACAUGUUAUCUGUGCAACGUGUUCACAGAACGAAUGCAUCCAGAGAAUGUGGACAGAAAGAGUAACUGAUGUAGUGAAGGGGAUUUUCUUUUGUCUUUCUUCGACACUAUUGGACUGCAUAGCCGCAGAGAUUGACUUUAUGAUCCUGAGGGACAAGGUCUGCACUCAACUUCAAGAGUUUAGUGAUAUUCAUUCAGAGGGAGGACAUUAAAGAACAAAACAUAAUCUUAUUAUUCUAACAUUAUUAUUUUCUAACAGUAUGACCCUCCGUGUGAAGGAUUAGUUAGCUGAAUUAUAUAUCUUUUGAAUCAUAGACUGAUUCAGGCAACUGUGAUAAGAUACCACAAAUUCUUCAUUGUAGAUUUACAGCCCAGAGCAGAUGUUGUAAGCAUACCUAUUUUUUAAAGACUAACCACUGUAACAUUUGUGUUGGGUUUGUUUAAUAGUUCUGACCAAAGUGCUACCAGUGUAAAUUGGCAGUCAGCAUUUGACUUGAACGAAUAUUUUUGACCAAAAUAUGCCUUCAUUUGAUGUUUUCUUGCUGAGUGAUAUUACUCCUCAAUGGUCAUAUGUGAAGCAACACAAAGUUUUCAGUUCUCUCUGCAAACGUGGAUCAAAUCAAAUUCCAUUUUUCUUUAACUGUCCCUUUGAGCAAGUAAUACAAAGAAAAACUUGCUCUUAACAAAAAUAAAAACACAUCAGUACUAAAUUUUCUGAUAUCUAUAUGAGCAUGUCUGUUUCAGUGAAACGCAAGUUCAAGUGUUUCCAUUUGCAUCACUUUAUAGUUGAGCCAUAGCCUACCUAGAAAUACAUUAAUUCUUUGAAUAAAUAGUUUAGCAUGUUUACUGCUGUGGGGAAAUCUCCACAUCAGUGAAUCUGUAUGGAAAGAUCGUUGUUUUUAAGUUGCCUUCAAUUCAGAAUCAGUUGAGGGAAACCUAUGAUGGCCAUAGUAAAUCAACUAUGCCCUCUGCUGGAUGAAGGAAAUGGCACUUUAUUUGAAUGAGAUGUCAGCUUGACUGGAUUGGAAUAUUGUAUAUUUUUAAACGAUGUUAUUUUAACAUUCCUCACCCUGACGUGCAAUACAAUUGCCCAGGUAACAAAGAGGUCAAUGGAUGUCAACAGCUUGAAGCAGAACCUCGAGUGAGUGUAUGAUUUGUAUAUUAACUGUACAUUAAAGACAUUGUCAGCUACAUCCAUUUAGUGUAAAAACACAGGUACAAGUUGUGUGAUGUUAAUUGUACUUAAGUGAUUUUUAAAACAAACUAGGCAGGAACACAAAUCCUGCUUUAAGUAUUCAAAUCGGUGCCUUUUCAUAAACAGUAAUUUAUGAGAAGGCGUUAAGAUCUGUGGUUUGGUUCAGACAAGUCUGUACAGAAAGUCCUACUUUUUAUAGAGUAAAAUAUGCAAAUACAAUUAAGUUCUCAGGUUUUUUUUAUGUAAUCUUUAAAGCCCUAAUCUUUCUGUAUGUGAUUUUUUUUUUUUUGCUGAUGUCAAAUCAAAAGGAACAAUAAGGUGAGGGUACAAAAAACUGGACAGAAGCGCUGCACGAUCAUCUACUUGCACAAGAAUUGAGCAGAUUUAUCUUUAAUACAACGUUGACUAUUGUAUGUACAUUCCAAAACAGACUUUCAUUUCUGCAUAUAUCAAACUUUUUUUCUUCAUUAAGUUUGGAUCCUAGUUUGUAUAUCAAUGUGAUGUUUAUAGUUGUACAUCUUUUCUUUGAAAUAGUGACUGCAUUGUUCCAGAUACCUAGAACGACCAUUAAACAAAUAAAUGUUUGUACAGGACACUAUGAGCGUGUUCUUUAAA